GACAUCGUCCAGCAUGGCCACGUCCACCAGCUCCCACCUCAAUAAAGGCAUCAAACAGAUGUACAUGAGCUUGCCCCAAGGGGACAAGGUGCAGGCCAUGUACAUCUGGAUCGACGGCACCGGGGAGGGGCUGCGUUGCAAGACCCGGACCCUCGACUGUGAGCCCAAGAGCGUGGAAGAGUUGCCCGAGUGGAACUUCGACGGGUCGAGCACCUUCCAGUCGGAAGGGUCCAACAGCGACAUGUACCUGGUCCCGGCCGCCAUGUUCCGGGACCCUUUCCGGAAGGACCCCAACAAGCUGGUGUUCUGCGAGGUCUUCAAGUACAACCGGAAGCCGGCAGAGACCAACCUGAGACACACCUGCAAGCGUAUCAUGGACAUGGUGAGCAACCAGCACCCGUGGUUCGGGAUGGAGCAGGAGUACACACUCAUGGGCACCGACGGGCACCCCUUCGGCUGGCCCUCCAACGGCUUCCCCGGGCCCCAAGGUCCCUACUACUGCGGCGUGGGGUCCGACAAGGCUUACGGGCGCGACAUCGUGGAGGCGCAUUACCGGGCCUGCCUCUACGCUGGCAUCAAGAUCGGGGGGACCAACGCCGAGGUGAUGCCCGCCCAGUGGGAGUUCCAGAUCGGACCCUGCGAAGGGAUCGACAUGGGAGACCACCUCUGGGUGGCCCGUUUCAUCUUGCACCGCGUGUGUGAGGAUUUCGGGGUGAUCGCCACCUUCGACCCCAAGCCCAUCCCCGGGAACUGGAACGGGGCCGGCUGCCACACCAACUUCAGCACCAAGGCCAUGCGCGAGGACAACGGGCUGAAGUUCAUCGAGGAGGCCAUCGAGCGACUGAGCAAGCGUCACCAGUACCACAUCCGGGCCUACGACCCCAAGGGGGGCCUGGACAACGCCCGGCGCCUGACGGGCUUCCACGAGACCUCCAACAUCAACGACUUCUCGGCGGGCGUGGCCAACCGGGGCGCCAGCAUCCGCAUCCCCCGGACUGUGGGCCAGGAGAAACGCGGCUACUUCGAGGACCGCCGCCCGUCGGCCAACUGCGACCCCUUCUCGGUGACCGAGGCCAUCGUCCGCACCUGCCUGCUCAACGAGACCGGGGAAGAGCCCUUCCAGUACAAGAACUAAAACGGACUCGAGCCACACGCCGCGUCCACCCCCAAUUCCAUCCGUCCCUCCUCCCUUCCCAGCCUGGUCCUCCCCGCCUCCAAUAGCCAUAAUUUGAAAAGUUUGGGUUCCUCUCGGGUCUUUGGUUUUUCCCCUCUUUGAGCUCGCUUGGGGCUGCAGGUAGAGGCCCUCAACUCCUAAACUCACCGCCGAACCCGCAGAUUUCCUCUCACUGAACUUUCUAGGAAAAAAAAAGCGUUAAUUGGGGGAGGGCGGGGGGAAUCUUUUAACCACUGGCCUCAGGGCUGUGCCACUGUCUGGAACCUGGGGUGUGAGGGGGGCUUCUCUCUCUCUCUCUCUCUCUCUCUCUCUCUCUCUCUCCCAGGACUGCUCAAAAAGGGAGGAAUGUCCUCCUCAGGUGGGGAGGUAGGGGUCACACUGAUUUCCUUAUAGGCCGAGAUGUGAACCCCCUCCCCCCAACCCAACCCACCCCCUUUUCUCCGCUUGAAGGCCCGGUGCCAAGGCAGACGACAAGGACGAUUAGUUCUACCUGUGAAGAAAGAAGAAGAAAAAAAAAUCUCUAAGCUUGCCUCCCUCCCCACUGCCCAGUUUCUAACCCCCAGAGCAGAGUAGUAUUUUUAUAUUUAAAUGUGAAAACAAAAAAAUUAUAUCUGCGGCUGUGUGUGGA